GGCCAGAGAGGAGGAGGAGGGGGGAGAGAAUUCUGAUACCAUCAUGCAGCGAAGCAUCAGGUCAUUUUUCCAGCCCAAGAAAGAGGGCAAAGUGAAGAAGCCAGAGAAGGAGACCUCCAACAGCAUCAGAGAAACGGAGUCCCCUCCGAAGGUGGCACUGAAGGAGCGGAAUCGAGUGGUGUCUGACGGUGACUCUCCAGUGAAGAGGCCGGGGAGGAAGGCAACCAGGGUCCUGGGCAGCGAGGGCGAGGAGGAGGAAGAGGAAGCCCCCACCACCCCCAGAAGCCAGGAGCCUGCUUCAGACUCUCCACACCCCUCACCUCCCAGUCCUGUCACACUGCCUGAGAGCAGCCCUUCCCGCUCCAGCCCCUCCCCAGCGGUUGCGCCCCCAUCAGGGAUCCCGAAGCGUCGCACGGCCCGGAAGCAGCUUCCCAAACGGACAUUUGAAGAUGUCCUGAAAGAGCAGGGCGAGGACGAGGACCCGGAGACUAAGAAGAAGAAGGAGGAAGGAGAAGCAGAGACACCAACAGAAAGCCUCCCAGAGCCUGAAGGGGGCGACAAGGAAGAAGUGGAAGGCGGGGACCAGCCCACGACGCCCCCUGAGCCCCAGACCUCCAAGUCCCCGACAGAAAGCGUUUCAGAGCCCAGGGUGACGGUGAAGCAGGAACCACAGGAGGAUGGCCAGGCUCAACCGCCCCCCAAAGCUCCAAAGACCCUCAGCAGUUUCUUCUCCCCCCGGAAGCCAGCUGUCAAAAAAGAAGCGAAAGAAGAAGGACCUGGUGCUCUAAGAAAGGACGAGACCAAGGGACACCUGGACCCACCGAGCUACAAUCCUGCCAAGAACAAUUACCACCCCAUCGAGGAUGCCUGCUGGAAGGCGGGCCAGAGGGUCCCUUAUCUGGCUGUGGCCCGGGCGUUCGAGAAGAUCGAGGAGGUCUCUGCUCGGCUCCGGAUGGUGGAGACGCUGAGCAACCUGCUGCGCUCCGUGGUGGCCCUGUCACCUGCUGACCUCCUGCCCGUCCUCUACCUCAGCCUCAACCGCCUGGGGCCGCCCCAGCAGGGCCUGGAGCUCGGCAUCGGAGAGGGCAUCCUCCUCAAGGCAGUGGCCCAGGCCACGGGUCGGCAGCUGGAGUCCGUCCGGGCCGAGGUGGCCGAGAAGGGUGAUGUGGGGCUGGUGGCCGAGAGCAGCCGCAGCACCCAGAGGCUCGUGCUGCCCCCACCCGCGCUCACCGCCGCCAGCGUCUUCGCCAAGUUCCGGGACAUCGCGCAGCUGGCGGGCAGCGCUUCCACCACCAAGAAGAUGGAUGUCAUCAAAGGCCUCUUUGUGGCCUGCCGUCACUCAGAGGCGCGUUUCAUUGCCAGAGCCCUGAGUGGACGGCUGCGCCUCGGGCUGGCUGAGCAGUCGGUGCUGGCGGCCCUCGCCCAGGCCGUGAGCCUCACGCCCCCUGGUCAAGAAUGCCCCCCCGCCGUGGUGGACGCCGGGAAGGGCAAGACGGCAGAAGCCAGAAAGACGUGGCUGGAGGAGCAAGGCAUGAUCCUGAAGCAGACCUUCUGUGAGGUACCUGACCUGGACCGGAUCGUCCCUGUGCUGCUGGAACACGGCCUCGAGCGGCUCCCGGAGCACUGCAGGCUGAGCCCAGGGGUUCCCCUGAAACCAAUGUUGGCCCACCCCACCCGGGGUGUCAGCGAGGUCCUGAAGCGCUUUGAGGAGGCAGCUUUCACCUGCGAAUACAAAUACGACGGGCAGAGGGCACAGAUUCACGUUCUGGAAGGCGGGGAGGUGAAGAUCUUCAGCAGGAAUCAGGAGGACAAUACUGGAAGGUACCCUGACAUCAUCAGCCGCAUCCCCAAGAUUAAACUGCCAUCAGUCACAUCCUUCAUCCUAGACACAGAAGCUGUAGCUUGGGACCGGGAAAAGAAGCAGAUCCAGCCAUUCCAAGUGCUCACCACCCGCAAACGCAAGGAGGUGGACGCGGCAGAGAUCCAGGUGCAGGUGUGUCUGUAUGCCUUCGAUCUGAUCUACCUCAACGGAGAGUCCCUGGUACGUGAGCCCCUCUCCCGACGCCGGCAGCUGCUCCGGGAGAACUUCGUAGAGACGGAGGGCGAGUUUGUCUUUGCCACCUCCCUGGACACCAAGGACACGGAGCAGAUCGCCGAGUUCCUGGAGCAGUCGGUGAAAGACUCCUGCGAGGGGCUGAUGGUGAAGACCCUGGACGUGGACGCCACCUACGAGAUCGCCAAGAGGUCACACAACUGGCUCAAGCUGAAGAAGGACUACCUCGAGGGUGUGGGCGACACCCUGGACCUCGUAGUGAUUGGUGCCUACCUGGGCAAGGGGAAACGGGCCGGCCGGUACGGAGGCUUCUUGCUGGCCUCGUACGAUGAGGAGAGCGAGGAGUUCCAGGCCAUCUGCAAGCUCGGAACUGGCUUCAGUGACGAGGAACUGGAAGAGCACCACCAGAGGCUCCAGGCCUUAGUGCUGCCCACCCCGCGCUCCUAUGUCCGGGCUGAUGGCGCGGUGGCCCCCGACCACUGGCUGGACCCCAGCGACGUGUGGGAGGUGAAGUGCGCGGACCUCUCCCUGUCCCCCAUCUACCCUGCGGCCCGGGGCCUGGUGGACAGCGAGAAGGGGAUCUCCCUCCGCUUCCCUCGGUUUAUUCGUGUCCGUGAGGAUAAGAAGCCGGAGCAGGCCACUACUAGUGCCCAGGUGGCCGGUCUGUACAAGAAGCAGAGUCAGAUUCAGAACCAGCAGGGUGCUGAGCCGGACUCCGAGCAGGAAGAGUUCUACUAGAGUGUCUGCUCGCCCCGGAGGCUGGGGGCACCGGGGUCCGGGGUGUGGCUGCUAGUGCUCAGCACGGCUGGUGUUGCCCUGUGUACGUAGGCUUUGAAAGUCAGGUGU